AUGGCAACCCAUGAAAACAAAGACGAGACUACAGAAAUGGGCAGUGUACCGCAAACCGACGCGUUUGUGGAAUUAUCGCUGCUUGAUGGCGGGAGCUUUCUAGCUGAUCUCAGCCGCAUGCACGAGGGCGAAUCUGGCACGUUCCGCAUGUACAACUGGGCAUUUUACAUAUCCCAUAAAGGGAGACAUGUCCUUUGGGAUCUGGGGUUAGAUGAGGAUCGCAGCUGUUACACACCAUGGGUCAACAAGCACAUGCUCGACAUUUGCAACCACGUCGGUCCCCGUCGAAGCAUAGUCCAGCAAUUAUCAGAACGAGGCGUGACGGCUGAUCAGAUCGACACCGUGCUAUUUAGCCAUGCCCACUGGGACCACUCCCGCCCCAUCAGCGACCUCUUCCCCCACGCCACCGCCCACUUUGGCCCGGGCACCUACGCCCACUGCACCCCCGGCCACACCCAAAACCCCUCCCACCAAUUCGACGGCCGUUUCUUCGACCCCAUCCACGCAACCGAAAAAAGCAGCGAACUAACCGGCCCCUGGAUCCCCUUUGGCCCCUUCCCCAAAGCCCUCGACUACUUCCACGACGGCAGUUUCUGGAUCCUACAGGCGCCGGGCCAUAUGCCCGGGAACUUGGCGGCGGCGGCGCGGCUGCAGAGUGGGGAGUGGGUGGUGUUGGGGAGUGAUUGUUGUCAUUCGCGACCCCUUCUCGACGGCCAGUGCCAAAUCGCGUCGUUUCAGGGCCCGGGGAAUGAGAUGUUGUCGCUGCAUGCGGAUGUCGAGGCUGCUCGGAGCACGAUUGCGAAGAUUCGGAUCUUGGAGCGGGAUUUUGGGUUUCAUACUGCACUGGCGCAUGAUUCGUCGUGGUUGAAGAAGGGGGAAGAUGCGGUGUUGAUGGGUUUGUUGGAUGAUGAGAUGCGGGUUGCGGCGCGGGAAAGAAUACCUUUUGAUGAGAUAGCUUGA